AUGACGUUCAGAGGCACUUCUGACAAACUAUAUACGCCAAAUAACGGAAAGUUAUUAGGCUUUGUACAAAUACUAGCCAAAUUUCAUCUAGUCAUGCAGGAGCACUUGCGAUUAGCUAUGAAGGGUGAUAUUUCAGACCACUCAGCUUCUGUUCAUCGAUGGAAAAUUCUAACCGAUCACUUGAGACUAUAUACUAUAAAAAAGCACAGUGACACUCGUUGGGAAGCAAGAAUAAGUAGUGUUACAGUAGUCCGUUAUCAAAUUAGUACUAUCCAUGAUGCUUUGAUUACUUUGGCUCUUGAAACUCAGAAAACUGAUGUUCAAAUGUCUCAUGAAGCUACUACUCUAGCCGAACAACUAAAAGAUUUCAGCUUCAUAGUUUCAUUCGUUGUUUGGUAUGACAUACUUCAUCAAAUAAAUGUUGUAAGUAAAUCUCCACAGUCAACAGAUAUGGAUCUUGGUAAAUGUACACAAAUGUUGAAAAAAUGCGGCAAUUUUUUGAAGGACUACAGAUAUACGGGCUUUAAAAGCGCUAUUUUAACUGCGAAGGAGUUGGCUGAAGAACUAGAAAUUGAGCGUCAAGCUGGUGAAAUUGCACGCGAUGACCCUAUAACUUCUCCAGAAAAAAAAUUUGAGAUUCCAGGAAAACGCGACCUUCUCAAGCUCUGUAGUGAUCUCCAAUUAAAAUUAACUGUAGACUCUAAAUCAGACAUAGAUGGUUCGAUUUCGCAAUCUAGAUUGACAAACUUAGCAACUGUGUCAAUUGAGAACGAAAUUGCUGAAAACAUCGACUUCGACAACCUUAUAAAAGAGUUUGCUGAUAGAAAGGCCAGAAAAAUGUUUUUCUUUUUUCCAAAUGGGUUUGAAUUGCAGGUGAAGGGCGCCGUAGAAAUAUCGCCCAGGGCGCUGGUAGUGUUAAAGCCGGCCCUGCGCACUGAUUUGUUUUUGGAACAUCUUUCUGAUUCUAACGAAUCAGGCGGUUAUGAUUUUUCAAUGAAGAAAAGACCAAAAAAGCGCUGUAAACAGGAUGAUCAAAUAUCUAUGUCAUGUGCAUCUAUUAAGCCAUGUAGUACAAGAAGUUUUAAUAAACCAAGAAGUUGCAGCAAAUCUACAAGCCCAAGAAAAGCCAGAAAGCACGAUAUAGCUUGUGAUUCCUAUAACUGCAGCCCAGAGACAGUAAAUAAACGCUGUGGUUCUGUUCAUAAUGAUGAUUCUUCGUCAAGUACAAAUUUUGUAUACUGCAAUGAAUUGCAACAAUUAAGAAACAUAUCAAGAGAUGAGCAAGAUGCCUUUGAAAAUUUUUGGCGAGAUCUAACAGAAAUUGUACAUGAUCUUCAACAAAAUGAAGAUGCUGUAUGGAAGCAAAUUACAGCUGUAAAAGAUCAACAAGAGGAUUUACAUGAAACAUGUAACAAAUUAGGAAAAGCAUGUGUUAAUACUGAAUGUGUUGUGGCCGAUGCUGAAUUAUUAAUCAAAGAAAGCGUUAAAUGCAUCAAGGAUAUUCGCGAAGAAUUCUCUAAAACACAAGAACAUAUGAGAAAAGCUCUUGAAAAUUUAUCCACAGGCGUAAUUGAUAAUUCCACGACUCAACGUGUAAAUUUUACUUUAAAAGCGAUGAAAGUAGAAGAUGUCUUUAACAAAUUAUAUGUGCAUUUAGAUAGCUUUGUAAAAAACUUGCACAAAAUAAGAACAAACUUAGUAAAUGCACAAAUAAAAAAUAGAAAUCUAGCAAUGAAGAAAUUGAAGAAUAUGAAAAAUGAUGUAAACAAAUUGCAUGACUACCUUCAAGAAUGUGAUAUAGAGAAAGAACACUUAAUAGAUUCAAUCAUGGACAUAUCUAGGGAUUCGAUAUGUGUUCAAACGGAUAAUAAAACGGCUCUAAAUACGGUAGACUUUUCUUCCCAAGAAACGGUUACAUUUAUGCCAGCUGCACAUUCUUCUUUUACAGACGAAUAUAAGCCUAGAAAUCUUGACACAAAAUCGGAUGAUAAAAAAAUUAUUACACUUCACAUGGCUUCAAAUUUGGAAGGAAAAAACAGGAUCAUGUCCGAAGUAAAAAAAUUGUCGCUUGUUAAAAAGUCUUUAGAAAAUUUAAUUGUUAAUUUGAGUGAAUCAACUGAUAGUGCUACUGAUGAUCUAAAUGAGAUUAAAUAUCUAAAUGAUGCUUAUGGCGUUGAUAAAUUUCUCCAUCAAGUAACUAAAUAUCACGAACUGUUUUCUAAAAUUAUAGAUCAACUAAACAAAGGUGACCACCAUAAUCUUUCCGAUGUAAAAGUAGAUCUUCUUCCUGAUUUAAAAAUAUAUCCUCUUUCUGAUAAAAAAGCAGAUCCUCUUUUUGAUACAAAAGUAGACAACACGCCAAUAUUAUACAAAUACCCAGUCACUAAAAACUCUGUUGAGCUCCAAAAUACGAAUAGUUUCGAUAAAUUAUUAACCGUAAACAACAAUUUAGAAAGACUAGUGUCUAAUUUACAAUACGAAUUGAAAGCGUUAGGUAGAAUUUCUAGAGGUACAGGGCAAGAUCUUAUUAACCAAUGUGAUGCAGAAUCACGAAUUCUUGAUCAAGAGGAAAUGUGUCUGCGCGAUAUCGACAAAUAUUAUGAACAGUUGUCUCGUAUGAUAUCACAUGUUUCGUCAAAGUAUGAUAGAAGCCAGAGUGACGGAAUGAAUCAAUAUUUCAUAAGUCCUGCUAAUAAGGAAUACUUAGAAGCAAGCUUAGAGGAUUUAAAAACUCAAACUAAAAAUCUUCAAUUUGUAAUGACAACUCUUCUAGACCAAACGACAAAAUCGCAGUUGGAUCUAAGACGAUGGCAAAAUUUCGAUAUGAAUGACAUCAAUACCUAUAAGAAAGAAUUUGACCGACGACAAGAGACGAUUCGCGAUAAAAUGAAAAGCUUACUUGAGUUAGAAAAAGUUUUAGAAAUUAUCACCGCGACGGUUUCUGGUAUGAAAAUAAAUUUAUUUGAUUCUUACGCAAAAGGCAAAUCGCCAGGUAAAUUUGUCAUGGGAGAAUCGUUGAAAGAGAAUAUAUUCAACAAAGUAGAUUUGCUAGAAAGAAAUAAAGAUCAAGCUUUAGUAAUAGUGUACAAGUUGAAAGGAAAUAUUGAAAACUUGGGGUUAGAAAUACAGUUAAUGGAAAAAGAUAGUACAGAUGGCAUUGCCAACUUGGAAAAUUUAUUUACACGAUCUGUAAAGGGACACGGCGAAAGGAAGGAUGUUGUUUUCGAGUUACUUGAAUCUACGGAUGAGAUAGAUCGAGCUGUAUCCGAAUUAGAUAAAAUCGUGGGUAAUACAAUUACUAAUGAAAAUGAAAUUGAAAAAAUACACAAUCCAAAAGAAACAUUAAUGUUGCAACAAUCAGAAAUGGAGAUGCAACGGCUUCGAGGCCUUAAAAAGGAACUGAAGAAUGAUAGAAAUAAUGGUAAAAUACAAGAUUUUAGGCAUGCUGCCAACAAGCAUAAAGAAUUUAUCGACAGUAUUCCUAGUAUUACCAGUGAAAUUCGACAGACUAUUAAUCGUUUGAAAGAUAUCUGGCAAGAAUUCGCCCUUCUAUCAAGCGUUCCAAAUACGAUGUCAGGAAACAGCUGGCUAUAUUUAGAACAGAAUGAUAUGGCUAAAAAAAUUGAAGAAUUGGAAAAAAAUAAAUUUGAACUGGAAAGUACAAUCAAUGAUUUGAGAUCAGAAAUUUUACACACUAAGGAGGACUUUGGAAGUGAAAUGCUUAUUAAAGAUCACCAUUUAGGCAGACUAGAAGAUGAAAUCAGAAACAGUAAAAACGACAUAACUGCUAAGGAAGAAACAAUUAAAACGCUAGAGCUCCAACUCAAAGAGAUGGAACAAGAUUUAGCAUCUUUAAAAAUCAAUUUAAGAGAAUCUCAGUCGCAAGUGAAUGAGGCAAAACUCUUGAAUGACCAAAUAAAAGGUGAACUAGAAAAUAAAACCCAUAUAGAGAAAAAAGUGAAAGACCUCCAGAAGCAGAAGAAAGAUCUUGAAAAUACAGUCAAGGAAUUGAAAUUUAAGUUAUCAGAAUCAGAUAGUAGUUUGUCUGAAAUGCAUCAAAAACAAAAAAGUGAACAAGAAAAUUAUAAACAGCAUUUGGAAUCGGAACGUAGGGCUAAUGAAGAGAAACAAGAAAGGAUAAAAAGACUUGAAAAGCAAUUAGACCAACUAAAUAAUCAAAUGAGUUCAUUAAAUAAUGAUUUAGCUAAUAAUCAAGCUCGUUUAGAUCAAACUCAAGGGUUGUAUUCACAAAUUGAGCAAGAGCGUACCUUCAAAAAUAAAUUACGUGAUGAAGUUGAACUUCUCCGAGGACAAAAAUCGGACUUAGGUUUGAUUAUAGCAAGUUUAAAAGAAAAUUUGACGGAUUCACAAAAGAUACUGAAAGAAUCAGAGAAACGACAUGAUGAGGAAAGAAGGAACUAUUUAAAUAGAUUAGAUGAAGAUAAAAAAUUAUUGUCUUCCAAGCAGCAUGCUUUGACAAAUUUGCAAGAUGAAUUAUCAACAAUUGAUACAACUAUAUCAUCCAUAAAUAACGAUUUGGGAAAAUUUUCUUUUCCAGAAUCGUCGGAAAAAGAAAUUUUAACGACAACAUUUGAUGACAAAUCGUUAUAUGAAGAUACAAAUUUUAUUAUGUCCAGUAAUUUGCAGAAAAAUGGUCAAAUGCUUAAAUCUAACGUGACAAAUAUUAUUAAUGAAUAUGAAAGAACUAAAACUGCUUUACAAGCAACUAUACAGGAUUUUAAUAAACAAAAGCAACACCUUCAACUAGCUAUCGAUUCAACUAUUGAAAAGGUAAAAAGAAAGGAUAAAAAAAUUCAAGAGCUACAACUAAAAAUUAAGGAUAUGUCUUCUACAAUAACGAAUUUAGAAAACGAUGUCAAGAUGCUACAGUUCUCGAUUCCGGAAAAUACUAGGAUCAUUAAGGAAGAGGAUCAAGCAAAAUUGAUGCAUUUUCUUGAUAUGUUAAAUAAUAAAUUGUGUGCAGUAACAACAACAGUGGGUCACAUGAAGCAUUUAAUUUUUAACACCCACACUAACUUAGAUAAUGUUGAAUGCGACGAACAUAACAAGCAAAACGAAAAAUUACAUGAAAUAAAUAAUGAAGACUGUUCAUGCGGUUGUUUGACCAAAAACGAGUUUUCAAAGGACCAGCGGGUUGAUGUGCUUGAUAAGCUUAAAAUUUUAGCAGCCGAACUGGUUCAAAUUUAUAAUAAUAUGACUAAGUUAACUGGAAAGCUCAAAAAAGAUAAAGCAUCACGUACUACUAUAAUUAAUACAAAUUCUGUUCUAGAAGAUAGAGUACGUACUCUGAAAAAAGAAAAUAGAGAUUUGACCGCUUGUCUUUGUAAUGCAACUCGUGAUUUAAAUGAGUACAAAGAAAAGCUAUGCGCAGCUGAAAUGAAAUUUAAUGGGGAUAAAACAAAAUUUAAAGGGCACUGUGAUGAAUUAGAGUGCAAAAUUCUUCUGUCAGAAAAGAAAAUGAAAAUACUCAAAGAGCAAAACCACGAACUCAAGGAAAGUUUGUGCAGAACACAAUCUGAAAUACAGCAGCUUAAUCAAAAGGCUGGUGAGCGAUCCAAAAAUCUUGCUAAACUAGUACAGAUAUCUGAGCGAGAAAAUUUGUCACUGAAAAGGAAAGUAGAAGAGCUAGAAAAGCAGGCCAUUGAACAGUCAGCCGAAACUGCACCAUCAAAAGCAUUAGUUGGUGAAGUACGAGAAUGUCAUCACUUGAUUGUUGUUAUACAAGCGGCUGCAGAAGAUUUAAGAUCGAAUCUAGAAGAUUUGGAAAUUGACCUGAAUGAUAGAGAAAUUAAGAACAAGCAUAUUUCUGCCCUAUAUCAAACAAUACAAAAAUCGACAGAAGAGAUGUACAGUAUCAUGGACAGCUUUGAAAAUGAUAUCACAUCUGGACUAGAACAAGAGCAAAUAAAAAAUAUAAGCGACAGUUCCAGCGACAGUGAAAAAUCAGCUAGAAUUGAAGCACCUGCCACAUGUCUGCAAUAUUUCUUGGCUGGUUGUGAAGAAACUAUGAACAGAAUGCAAUAUAUCAAUCAGAGAUUAAGAGACGAAUGUUUACAAGUCAAUAUAAGCCAUUUGUCGAAAAUAUUAAAUAAACUGAAGAAAGAUUUGCCAAAGUUGCAAAAAUCUUUCCCUCGAGCUCGUGGUGGAGAUAAUUCAAAUGAAGAAAAAAGAGAGUGGUCAAAUGGCAAUAAAAUUUUGAAAACUCUGAACGAACAUUUGAAACUGUUUAGAAAAGAAGUGGACUCCAGUGGCAAUGAUAGAGAUGGGGACAGCUCACGUUCCAAAUAUUUAAAUUGCUCUAUAAAUAAAGCUGAGAAGGAACUAGAUUACUCUCUGAAUAAAUUGCAGGAUCAUUUGAGUAAAAUAUGCGAUUGCCAAACUGACGAAUUGAGCAUUAAAUCAAAAUAUAAAGAACUUGCCAAGUUAAUGUUACAAAACAAAAAGGAAAACGCAGAUUUGCAGAAAUGCAAAAACCAAUUAAAAAAAGCAAAGUUUGAACAAAAUUCAUCCACAAACUUAUGCUUUGAUGGGUUGGAUGCAAGACAAUUAAGCCUAGAAGCCCAAGAAAUUACCGAAAAAUAUCAGUGUAUUGCAAAUGAAUUGGAACGAUCCAAUGUUCGUCGAAAAGAAUUGGAAGAUGCCAACAAUUAUAUGCAGAGUGAAUUAAACAAAUUACAGACAGAAGUUGCCGUACUCAGCACCCGCUUGAAUACUUCGGAAAAUGAAAGAUUGUGUGCAAACAAGCGAAAGAAAGAUUUGGAAAACCAAGUAAAUCGUUUGAAAAUUAGUCUGGAUCAACAUAAACAAAAUGCCGAGUGCACCUUUAAAAAACUGCAUCGUAUGCAUGCUAUGUAUCAAGAAGCAAAUAAAGAAGAGAUAUCGAAUUUGAAGUGCCGAUUAUUCAAUUCGAUGCAGGAAAAUGAGUCAUUAUUAUCGGCCAUCCAGCAGAACGUUAAGCGCGAGAUUCCACAACUGAACGAGAUGCAAACUCAAGUCGAUUAUCUUAAAUUAGAUUUCUCAACAAUCUGCCCGAAUACAACAACGUACAGAUGUUCAACACCAACAUCCAACACCAUUGGCUCACCCAGAGAAUGCAAGAAAAUGAUUGCUGAGGUAAACGAAAAUUCGGCGGAUGCAGCAAAACUCAUGAGCGAAGUAAAUAAGCUUGUGAAAAACUUAGAGGGACUGAACAAUACACUCACGAAGGCGGAUACAUGUCAACGCAUUAAAAAUUUAAAACGGAAAAGCCCGAAUAAAGCUAUUGAACAUAAAGAAAAUUGCACACAAGACGAAUCUUGUCAAUCAAAAAUAGUUCAAUUUUGUGAUUGCUCACAAAUUGCUGUACCUAAUGAAAGUGAUGAAAGUGACGAGAGUGAAGCGUAUUGCAUUGAUAUCAGAGAAUCAAAUUUAUCGCAAGAACUAUUGGAAGGCACUGUUAUUUUGAGCCGUCUGGAAGCCACUUAUAUGGAUUUGUUGAAUCGGACCCAAAGUUCUUCUGAUGAAGAUAUUGAAACACUAUGUGAUGGCGACUCUGAAGAUUUAUGUGAUAUGAAGUGUGGACGAUUCUUCGAAAAUAAAAAAAUGGCACAACACAAAGAGAAAAAUAUAACUCUGGAAAUGGAAACAGCACAAACGAAUUUAGAAGAAAUCCAGUUGUUGAAAAAACUAUAUGAAGAUGUUCUAAAUGAUCGACAGGAUCGACAAAAUGAGAUAGACAAUUUAAAAGGAGCAUUAGAGCUUAAUAAGGGCACAAUUGAACAACUGGAACAAGCAGUGCAGUUUUCUGAUAAAAUAGCUCAAAAAUUUAGAGAACAGUUACAAAAGCAAAUUGCAUCUACUUUGUGUCUACAGGAGAGUUUGAAAAGCUCUAAUUUCGAACUAAAUGAAUUAAGAGCAAAUACAACAAAAGACGCACAAGAAAUUGAUAAAAAUAGCAUAUUAGUUAGUCAAUUAAAAGCUCAAAUAUCAGUGUUAGAAGAACAGUUCAUGGAGGCUUUCAAUGAGAAUGUUUCGCAAAGAAGGUAUUUAGAACUUUGUCGAGACGCAAAUUUAGAACUAAGAAGACAAAUAGUAAAUUCACAACAAGAUGUUGGAAUUCUUGAGGCCCAAUUACGGAGCUGUCAAGACAGAAUAAAGGUGUACGAUGUGGUUAUAAGGGAUUACUAUACUCUUAAAAUCAAAAUAUCACAACUCUGGACAGAAUUGGAUAUCAUCAAACAGAAUGAGUGCAGAAAUGCUACGUUGCGCACUCAAGUGGAACGGCUCAGUUCUGAUUUGGACGAACUCACAAAAUUGUUAGAGGAUAAAAACAAGGAAAUGCAGGCUUUGGAGAAAUGCCGAGAAGAAAGUGAAAAAUCGAAUACCCAAAUUGUGGAGCAAUGGUCAGAAGCACUAACUCGACAACGCGCGAAAUAUGAACGAUUAUUGAUGGACAUGGGUGCAGAAAUACAGCUCAUUACUGUGCAACUACGAACUCUUCAGGAUGUUUUGGCUCAAUCGGAAUUUGAAUCAGAAACGACUAAUUCCAGCCUACAGGAGGCGCUAGCAGGUGUUAAAAUACAAAAUGAUAGUCUUAUGCAGGAAUGCCAAAGAUUGGAACAACAAAAUGUCAUACUUAAAAAUAAUAUUCAAGACAAAAAUGCCGAGAUAUCUAAAUUAUAUAAAAGUCUAUCGGAUACUCGUGCAACUCUGGAGAAUACUGAACGAAAUCUUGUUGAUGCUGAACAGACAAUUAAUUCAGAACGAAAACUUGCAUGUGAACAAAAGGUGCAUUUGGAUUGUGCCAGGGAUAAAAGCGAAAUGAUAAAAGAACUCCUAAAAACUCGCACCGAUGAAGUAGCUUUAUUGCAAUCCCGAGAAGCGCAGCAUAUUAACUCUAUAGGAUUACUCAGGAAACAACAGGAAUGUCAAUUACAAGCAUAUCAACAAGAUGUUGAACAACUGACAAGACAAGUACAAAAUUUGACCGCAAAUUUGAAUCGGUCUGAAUUGAAUUAUACCACUGUUAUGCGUGAAUUAUGUGAAGCACAAUCUACUUUAUUAACAUUUACCGGAAGGCAGGCGAAUGCUAUUGGAGAUGAAUCGUCGGGCAGUAUAGAGAGCAAUAUCCAAAAAACGGAAAUGUUAACUAGAACCAUAGAUUGUGAUGUAUUACAACAAGAUGCAUCAACUGAAUGUAGUCAUAGUCUUAAAAGUGAAUGUUCAAACUGCAACAACCUCUCUGCCGAAAGUUGCACUCUUCGGGUGCAACUUUCCACAAUUCAAAAACAGCUGUUGGAUGCGCACGCUCAACUUACCAAACUUAACAAUGAAAAGCGCUGUCUAAGUGAAAAACUGAAGACGACUACUGAAGACAAUGCCAAACAUAUCUCCGAGCUGCAGGCUACCAAAAAUGAGUUGCAUAGCACACGGGAAUGCCAAGCCAAUAGAAAUCGCGCCCUGGAAGCAAGAAUGAACUCUAUGCGAGAAAAAUGGGCUAUGCGAAAUGAGCAGCUCAACGCAGAGCUUUGUACAAUGCAGUCCUCAUUUAAAGAACUUAAGGAGCAGUACAAGUGUACGAGCGAAAUGCUGGCACGACGAGAUUGUGAGCUGACAUCAGCAAACACCACGUGUGCAGAAUUACGCGCCAGGUCUCGCGAUGUCGUACGCGACGUCCAGGCUUGGCAUAGGGAGCAGAAAAUGGUGCAACGUGAACUUGCCCAAAAUGUUAAGAGGCUGAAUGAACAACUACUCAAAGGCAAACAGGAAAAAGAGUGUCUAAUGACUAAAAUUAAUACUCUUCAAAAAGCCAAUUCACAAUUGUACCACGAAUUAACUAAACCUAAGGUUAUUUCAUUUGAAGCAAGUGCAUUGGAGUAUGAACCUGGUGCUAAUAAAAUCACCACUCAAUGCACUUGGGCUGAAGUACCAUAUGAAGAAGCCCUUAGAUUACAAGCCGGCGAAGAUGACGAUAGUAUGAGCAAUGAUACUCUUAUUGAAUCUCGAUGGUUGGAUCAAGUACAAAGUAUUACAGAGCAACUUCAAAGAACAAGUUCAUAUUGGAGUAAAAUUCUUGAAGGAGCUCACAUAGAGGAGACAUAA